AUUACGUCACCGUGGGUUCGACGUCACGGCUCGGGGCCUGGAUCCGCGUGAGGGAGCAGAGUCGAGCUCCGUGGGAACUGAGGUCGAGGUUGCGGAGCGAGCGGCUACAGCAACAGCAGCGGCAGCAGCAGCAGCAGCGCGCGAUGGCGGCGUCAUUGGCAGCCGCUCUGCUCGUGCGCGGGACGAGCGCCGCCGCGAGGCCGCUUCUGGGCCCCGUGCUGGAGGGGAGAGCCGCGUUCAAGGCAUCCGUGCAUUCAAGCGCACGAUGCGGCAGACGCGGCUGGUUGGCGUACCUCAUGGGCGAGAGGAUCCAGGACAACUUCAAGCCAAAUAGCAAGCUGGUUGUGGUGGAGGGGAACGUGGCCACUGGCAAGAGAACGCUGGCCAAAGAGCUCGCCAAAAAACUGGACAUGCUGCAUUUGCCAGCUGCGGAUGUGCACUACUGGGACCACAUCACGGGUGACAGGUCCAUCCUUGAUCCGUGCUACAGCGGCAUUUGCAGCUUGGAGAAGUUCUUAGCCAACCCAAACAACCCGGAUGGAAAUGCCUUUCGCCUGCAGCUGUGGAUGUACACCAUACGUAUGCUGCAGUACUCGGAUGCACUGGUUCACCUGCUCAGCACCGGCCAGGGAGUGGUGCUGGAGCGGUCCCUCUUCAGUGACUUUGUCUUCCUGGAGGCUAUGCACAAGCAAGGCUACGUCCGCAAACAGUGUGUGGAUUACUACAACGAGCUGAAGGCGAUCAGCAUAUGCGAGUUCCUGCCGCCACACCUGGUGGUGUAUAUCGACAUGCCUGUAGAGGAGGUGCAGGCCCGUCUCAAGCAGAAGGCAAAGCCAAUGGAGCAGAACAUCUCCCCUGCCUACUUGACCAACAUUGAUGCCUGCUACAAGCAGAAGUUCCUGCCAGAAGCCAGAAAAGUGUCAGAGGUCUUGGAGUACAACUGGAAAAUCGCAGAAGAUACUGAGCGGGUGUACGACGACAUCAUCAGCUUGAAUUGGGAAAAGGAUCCAUGGAAGCUGCAGGAUAACGUGACCUUGUACCACAUUCGUGACUUCAUGUCUGAUAAGAUGAAAGUGGCCAACCUGACCGUCACAUCAAUGUUCGUCCCAGAAGCCACCGUCGGGCCUUACGAAGUUGAAGAAAUCUAUUACUCCUACCGUAAUCUGCCUGGGCGGAAAUACUCACCAGGAUACAAUGCAGAUGUGGGUGACAAGUUGAUCUGGUUGAAGUAAAAUCAAAGCUACACAAUUUCAUCAACACUUGCUUCAAAGUUAAAGUAUAACAUUUAAAGAUAUGCCCAUUUCCUUGAAGUUGAAUUGCCCCUUAAAGAAACGCUGUUCCAAAUUAUACUUUUAUUUUAUUGAUUAGGCCACGUGAUCAGACCACAUUUUUGUCAAUACAACCAAGCAAGUAAAUUGUCAAAUGUUUUAUGCAGCAGUCAUUGUUGUUUCAGCUCACUGAUAAGUUGAAAGAACCGAUUCUCUUAACCAAAUUCAGCAAUUAGGUACAAACCUACAUGUUAAUAUCCUCUAAUAUGAAUUAUGUUUGACUUAUCAUAGUGACUCAAUAUUUUAAAUAUUAAAGUUGCCUUGAUUUUACUCCCAUUCUCAGAUAUGCACGUAAAUUAUAUUGAACGUUUUCGUCAAAAUGCUAAAUAAAACCUGUGACUCCUAAAUGAAGUUGGUUAAAAACAAAUUAUUUUUUAAUUGUGUCAGACUGCUAAAACAAGAGUACCAUACAAUGAAGAUGCAAACCUGUUUCAAGCAAUGCCUUGCAUACUGGUUACCAACCGCGCUGGCCAACUGGUAGCCUCGAGUAUGUUACAAUAGUCUGCAGGGUGGCGCAGUGCCUCAAAGCAAGAAGGACCUAGUUUCGAUUUCUGAAUCGGGCUCCUGUGUGGGGUUUGUAUGAUCUCCCUCUGUUCUGCAUGGGUUUCCUCUGGGAUUUCCAGUUUUAUCCCAAAGAAAAAAACACUAUUUAAAUGCAAAUUACUACAUUAGGAUUACACAGCAACUUUGUCCCGAUGGAAAAAAACGUGGCAAGACUCUCCUGAAAAAGAGUAUUGAGACUCGGUGUGGCUUUGUUGGAUAAACGAGCGUAACCAGAGUUGUCGGUAUACGAUGCACGCGUGAUGUGUAAGAUAGGAAACACCACUCGUAAGUUGCAGAACCCAUAGUCAAGCAGCACAGAUGUUGUAAUCAUUGCGCACUUUGCUAUCUAUGCAUGCUCUCUUCAUCCACAUGAAGUGGCUGCUGUUGAAUACUGAUCAAUCUGCGUUUAAUAAAGGUUAAUCUCAGUUGUAAA